GCUUCGAUGAAUUUGUAACAGGAAUUGGGAUGAGAAUUUUCAUACGUUGUUUCGUUUCGUGUGACACGCCUAACUAUUGGAUAGUUAGAUAACGAUUGGAGAAUAUUUUAUUCUUUAACAAUAAAUAUGGCCGUAGAGCAGUAAAUGUUCGUGGUCACACGGACAUGGUGGGAAUGCCUUAUAAAAGCUUCUGGGUAGAGCUUGUAGUGGGCUUGCAAUUAUUUGGAAAUUUAUUACUCUAGAAAUAUGGGAUCUCGCGAAGAUGAAGAACUCGAGGACUUGCAAUCCGCCACUUACACAUUUCCUGCUGACGUUCAAACUGUCAUAGAACAGGUUUUACCCAGCAAUGAUCCUUUGGAUCAGCCAAAUUUUAAUGCAGUUGAUUACAUAAAUUCCCUAUUUCCAACGGAACAGUCGUUGUCGAAUAUCGAUGAUGUCAUUGGAAAAAUGGAACAAAAAAUUUUUACUAUUGAUAAAGAAAUCCGAUCUGUUGUGAGAGGGCAAACAAAUGUUGGCCAGGAUGGUCGAGUUGCAUUAGAAGAUGCGCAUAAGGUUAUCAGACAGCUUUUUGUUCACGUUAAAGACAUCAAAGAUAAAGCAGAACAAUCUGAAGAAACCGUAAAAGAAAUUACACGAGAUAUAAAACAGCUUGACUUUGCAAAACGUAAUCUCACAUCCUCGAUCACAGCUCUAAACCAUCUGCAUAUGUUGGUGGGUGGGGUUGAUAGUUUGAAAGUUUUAACACAAAAAAAGCAGUAUGGGGAAAUAGUGAUGCCACUUCAGGCUAUAAUGGAAGUUAUGCAACAUUUCAGUAAUUAUAUGGAUAUACCUCAGAUAAAACAGCUUUCUGACCAAGUACGUCAAAUUCAAGUCGAAUUAGCUGAACAGAUAACUUCUGAUUUUCGUGAAGCUUUUUCUGGCCAAAAUGCUAAACAUUUUUCCCAACUCACGGAAGGGUGUCUAGUUAUGUCAGUACUAGAUCCAAGAGUCAAGAGGGAUUUAUUAAGCUGGUUUAUUGCUAUGCAACUACAAGAGUAUUCACACUUGUUUGACGAUAAUCAGGAUUCAGCCUGGCUAGAUAAAAUUGAUAGAAGAUAUGCUUGGAUAAAAAAACAUCUGCUAGAAUUUGAAAGCAAGUUUGGCUCAAUUUUUCCUCAAAACUGGGAAGUUUCUGAAAGAAUUGCGGUCCACUUCUGUCACAUGACCCGUGAAGAUCUGAGUAAACUAAUGGAAAAAAGGCGACAUGAAAUUGAUGUCAAACUUUUACUUUAUGCAAUACAGCGGACAACAAGCUUUGAAAAUUUACUCGCAAAAAGAUUUUCUGGACUAACAUUGGAAAAUCCCGACGUAUUAAUCGAUAGGAAACCUGGAAAUUCUAAUCCUUUCGAGGAAAACGAUACUACGGACGGUCCUUUUGAGGGAAUUCAAGCUGAAAAAGUGGAACAAGAAAAAUCCAGCGCUUCCCUUUUUAGUGGAUUGAUUGGAAAGUGCUUCGAGCCAUAUCUAAACAUCUACAUAGAAAGUCUUGACAGAAAUUUGGCAGAUUUGAUGGAUAAAUUCUUGAAUGACUGCAAAAUACAACCUCCUGGAGCAAAGGAACUCGACGGAUUCGAAGGGCCAAGUAGCGUGCUAGCCUCAUGUGCUGAUCUUUUUGUAUUCUACAAAAAGUGCAUGAUACAAUGCACGCAGCUUAGUACAGGGUUCAUAAUGCUCAGUCUCACCACGACGUUCCAAAAGUAUCUUCGUGAAUAUGCACUGAAAUUAUUGCAGAAUAAUCUACCAAAAAUCGGCGGCAGUGCCAGUAUAGGAACUAGCAUGAGCAAUAUAACGAGAGAUCUUAGAGACUUAUCAACUGCUGGACUCAUACAAAAUUUUCAAAGUUUUCUCAAAGAAGGGGAAGCCACUAGAUUUAAUAAGGAAGAACAAUCUCGCAUAUGCUGCAUUUUAACAACAGCAGAAUACUGUUUGGAAACAACCCAACAGUUGGAAGAAAAACUGAGAGAAAAGACGGAUGCAAAUUUUUCCGAAAAGAUUAAUCUGUCCCAAGAACAGGAUAUAUUCCACAGCGUUAUAUCCAACUGCAUUCAGCUGUUGGUACAAGAUCUAGAGUCCGCUUGUGAAUCGGCAUUAACUGCAAUGAGUAAGGUUCAAUGGGUACACAUUGAAAGUGUUGGUGAUCAGAGUGCUUACGUCAGCACGAUAGUGUCACAUCUUAGGCAAAACAUCCCUUCUAUACGAGAGAGAUUGUCAUCAUGCAGAAAAUAUUUUACGCAGCUCUGCGUCAAAUUUGCAAGCUCAUUCAUUCCGAAAUUAGUACAGCAACUCUACAAAUGCAAGCCUUUAAAUGCCGUUGGUGCAGAACAGUUAUUACUAGAUGUGCACAUGCUCAAAACAGCCCUUCUCGAUUUACCUUCAACUGGAUGUCAAAUUCAAAGAAAAGCACCAGCUACGUAUACAAAGGUCGUUGUGAAAGGUAUGACAAAAGCUGAAAUGAUCCUGAAGGUUGUGAUGUCUCCAACAGAAUCACCUAGCGCUUUUGCAGAUCAAUGUAGAAAAUUACUUCCGGAUUUACCGACCCCAGAAUUCCAGAAAAUACUUGAUAUGAAGGGAUUGCGGAGAACGGAACAGAUGCAAUUAGUGGAGCAAUUCAGACAAAGUAGUAGUAGUGAGCUAUUGGGAGAUACCAUCAGUGUCGCACAAGAUAGUCCUGAGCACGAAGCUGGGAGAAUAAAAAGAUUAGAAAAACUUAUUAAAAAACGAAUGUAACCCAAAACGAAUUUUGUCGAUACAGAUUUCAUAGAUUUUUAGUAAAGUUUUUCAAAAUCAUUUCCGGCCUAUUUGUUGGCUGUGACCUAGCAAUGUUGUUGUACGAUCGACCUUAAUAGCAGUACCUCUGGUAACCGAAGAAUUUUAUUGCUACUUCCAAGUGAACGAACAAAUUUGAGCGUGAGUAAAUUGUCCGCAGAGUCGACUAAAGAAUCUGAGAAUUUAAUUUUAAGAUCAUUUCAUCAGUCGAUGAAUCAUGAAAAGAAAAAAUAUAUGUAAGACUUGAUAUAUUUAUUUGCAAAAUUUCUAUAGGUCAUUUAUAAAAUAAAUGUAUAGUAUAGGCAAUGAAAAUCAUUUCAUCUGUAUAAUAGGUAUUUAAAGAAUUGUAAAUAACUGAAUUGAAUAAAUUUGAAUAUAUCAAUGCCA